AUGGCCGCUAACGUAAUCCAUGUCGCUAACGCGAGGGAGCUGGUCCGAGACGUAGAGGCUCUUUUCCCGAAAUUGGACCCUCAGACGGACUGGGAUGCUCGCAUGGCCGCCCUGAAGCGCCUCGAGGGCCUCUUCCGAGGCGGUACGUGCUCUCCAUGCAUAGCUCAAAGUAGCGUCAAGUUAGGAGAUUUGGAGUUCGAUGCAGAGCAAGUUUCAGAGAUUGUCGUCAUCAAGGUGUCCCUCUACGAGCUUGCAGUUCGAUUCAACGCGUGCAACCUCGUGUCAGCAAUCGCUGAGUGCCUGUCCGGGGAGUUCGAACCAUGCGCGGAUAUCGUGCUUCAGGAGCUUAUGAAGCUGCUCGGGUCGUCUGCGGCUAUUAUGGCCGACUCAGCUGACUCCACCAUUCGAACUGCAAUGUCCGGAAAUUAUCCCUUAUGCCGUUGGCCUCGUUCUUUCAAAUUUCUACCUUGUUCGUGCCAUCCUAUUGCCUUACCAGGUGGUGAUGCGCUGCAGACCCGCCCGCACGCUGAGCAAGGUGUGCGGAGUGUGUUCUACUGGCGCUGGAGGUGCGCGGAGUAUGUUCUACUGGCGUUAGAGGUGUGGGGCCCGCAGGGCGAGCUGGUGAUGCUGGUGGAUGCGAUUGAGAGCAGCAUUCGCAGUGGUGUGCAGGAUGGCACACGGGAGGUGCGAGCCACAGCCAGGCGCAGCUUCCGGGAGUUCUCCCACUUGUGGCCGGAGAGGGCCGCCCGGCUGCACUCCUCGUUUGAUGUCACGGUGCAGAAGGUGUUGGCUCAGGAGGACAAGUCAGCAGCGCUGUCAGCACACUCUAAACGGGACCCGCCUCCUCGCCCCUCGCCUCGCCCUCACGUUUUGGCUCAGGAGGACAAGUCAGCAGUGCUUUCAGCGCACUCAAAGAGGGACCCGCCUCCUCGCCCGUCGCCCUCACGUGCUCGCAGCCCCCAGCCCAUCCUGCCUCGCUCCUCUGCUGCCCUUGGGAACCUCAUGGCUGCUAGGCGACAGGCUGCCUCUGCUACAGCCGCUGCUACAGCCUCUGCAACACCUGUCAGGGGGGAAAGUGCCUCUGGUAGUGCUGCUGCUACAGGUGGUGGUGGGGGAGGAGGGGAAGGAAGGGGAGGAGGAGGUGGAGGUGGGAUGGGGCUGGUGCGGGGUGUGAGGCUGGGUGCACAAGGCACUGCUGCUGCUGCAGCAGCGGUGAGGGUUGUGGCAGGAGCAGGCGGAGAAGGAGGAAGAGGAGGGAGAGAUGGCUCUGUAACAGGGGCAGGAGCAGCAGGGGCAGCAGGGACAGCUGUAGCAGCUGGAUCAGCAGGUGUUGUGGGAUUCAGGGCUGCUGGGCCAGCUGGGAGGGGAGAACGGAUUGGUCCACAGAGAGUGAUAUCAACGAGUGAGACUGGCACUGCAGCUGGUCCUGCUGCUGCUGACAGUGAUGAUUAUGAUGUUGAGUAUGCAAGAGACGGGGUGUCAUCUGGGGGAGGUUCACCUGGGAGUGAAUUGAACCUAUCCCCCAAGAUAGUCCGUGUUUUGGACUUUGACUCUGCUAGCCGCAGUGCUGGUGCUGCUGCUGCUGCUGGUGUUGGUGCUGGUAGUGCUGCUGGUGUGGCGCGUGUUUCUAUAGACGAUGUUCCUAUGAAGGAAAACGUGCAGGGGAGAUGGGGUGGAGCAGCGGCAGCGGGAGGAGGUGAUUGUGGGGUUGGGCCGAGGAGGCAGAGGCACAGCAUUGCAGCGUCAACCAAUCUCGAAGGUCUGGUGCCUUCAAAACUUCUAAGGACAGCUGCGAACAGGGUGGGGCGAGGGGCGCUGGGGGAACGGGAGGCGGAGGGGAAGGGGGGAGUUGGGGUGCGAACGGGGAACGUGAGUGGAGGCGGAAUUGCGGGAGGUGGGAUUGGGGGGGUUGGGGUUGGGGUUGCUGGUGGGGAGAGGAGGGCGGUGCAUGCGAGGAGGCCUGCUAGACGGAGUGUUUCCAGCAGCUAUGGGGCUGGCGGGAUGGGGGCAACAGGAGGGGCAGGAGCAAUCGGAGGGACACGCUUAACGGGAGCUAUAGGGGCGAGAGGAGGAGCAGUAGGAGCAGCAGGGGUAGGAGGAGGGAGGGAUCGGACACAGCGAAAUAAGCCACAGCAGCAUCAGGAUGUGGGGGAGGAGAUGAGGUUGAAAGUAGAGGAGGGGUUGCGGAAGGGUUGUGAUUGGUCGAGACGGGUGGCGGCAUUAGAGGCUGUGAGGGGGUGUGUGAUGGGCGGAGGGGAUGAGGCGGCGUGGGGAGGAGCGGAGGGAGAUGGAGUGAGCCGCAAGGGUGUUCAGGCCGUUGUGAAGCACCUGGACAGGGUAGUGGAGCUGUUAGUAACGGGGAUGGAAUUCGCCCACACCAAAGUCGCCUCUGCAGCUCUGGCCCUUCUAGAAGACCUCGUGCUGCACUGCCCGCCCAUCCUCACCCCCCCCCACCUUGACAAAUGGCUUCCCCCUCUCUUCUCCCGCGUGGCUGACACUGGGAAAGACCGCAUGCGCGCACAGGCCGAGGGGAUACUGGAUUGUGCUUUAAACAGCUGGUUUAGGCGUGGAGAUGGGUGUGGAGGGGUGAAUGGGGGGUUGGGUGAGGUGGAGAGGAGUGGUGAGGGGUUGAGAUGGGGAGAAGGGGAGGCUGUGCAGGUGCUGCUGCCGGUGUUAGAGAGGGCUUUGGAGGGGCAGAGGGGGCCGAGGGUGAGGGUGUGUGUGGUGGAGUUUGCAGAGAAAGUACUGAGGGGGAGGGCGGGGAGAGAGGAGGAGAGGGAGGAGGGGGGAGAGGAAGAGAACGGAGGAGAGGAGGAGCACAAAGGGAGGCAGCGUGGUGGCAACACAGCGGUCCGAGUCAGAAGAAGCACAGUGGAAGGUGCGCCGUUGGUGUCAGGUAAGAAAUUCGAAGAGACGAAGGUGAUCCAUUGGUGUCAGGUAAGUGAUGUGCUAUACGUGAUGCUGGAGCGGGCGUUGGAGGGGCAGAGGGGGCCGAGGGUGCGGGUGUGUGUGGUGGAGUUUGCAGAGCAGGUGCUGAGGGGGAGGGCGGGGAGAGAGGAGGAGAGAGAGGAGGGAGGGGAGGGGGAGGACGGGGGUGAGGAGGAGGGGGAAGGAGGGAGGCAGCGUUGUGGGAGUGCAUUGGCUCGGGUCAGAAAGAGCACAGCGGAAGCCAAGAGCAUCAGGCAGUGGGGCGUGCGUCUCCUCCCACUGCUCAAGGACCCCAAGACCCGCCUGCCAGCAGCGCGGUGUCUGGGGGAGGUGGUGGCACAGAUCGGCCCUGUGUUCCUGGCAGCUCACAUUGAUUCGCUCCCUGAAUCGGAACUGACUGACUUCCUUGCGCUGCUAGACAGGGCGGCACAGCCGGAUGUAGCGGUGGCUGUAGCAGAGUUCGUGCAGGGGAGUCAGAUUCACGGGCAUGGACAUAGCAUGUCGGCAGCUGGGCCGAGACACGAACGAGCGCCGGGAGCAGCUCGAGCAUCGGCAACAUCCGCCGACUCAGGCAUGCACAUAGCUGGUCUCACUGAACGAGACAGUGGGCAGGUGGUGUGGGAGGGGGGAGACGAUGGGAGAGGAGUGGGAGAGCGAGAGGCAUUAAGGGAGGAUGAGGGAUGGGAAGAGGGAGAAGAUAGACGGGGAGGUGAGGGCGCAGGUGAGGAGUCUGAACAAGAGGAGGGUGGAGACGAGGGUGGAGACGAGGGUGGAGACGAGGGUGGAGACGAGGGUGGAGACAAGGAAAGGCGUGCUGAGGGGGAGAUGUAUGGUCAAGGGCCAAUUUCGCCUGGUGAGAAUGCGGUGCAAGACGGUAUGGACCCUUUCUUUGCGGCGCCCCAAAAGAUUCAUGGUGAAGAGCCUAUUGCGACUGGUGAGAAUGGGGUGCGAGGCGGUAUGGAGCAUUCGUCUGAGUCCUCUUUCCUUUCCUUCUCGGUGGAGGAGGAGGGGAGAUUGGGAGAGGAUAGGGAAGAGAGAGGAACAGGGUCGCCUGGAGCAUCAGCAGCAUCUGCUUCAACAACCGUCACCGACUCAGCAGUGGAUUCAGCAGCCCAUCACUUAGCCAAGCACGUCUCGCUAAGUUCUGCUGUGGACUCCCCGGGUGCAGCUCACAACCCCUCUUUUCUUCCAAGCUAUGCUCCUCUUGCUACAGAUGACUUCGCUAAGAGAGAUGAAAGGCUGCUUGACCAAGGGCCAUGGGGAGGAAGAGCGGAAAGUGGGGAAGGGGGUGCUUUUGCUGGUGGGGAGGAGUGGGUGGGGUGGGAGGAGGAGAGGGAAGAGGUAGAUGAUGCAUGGGUGGCAGCUGAAAUCGCUGAUGCCAUGAUGUGGGCGACCGGGAGAGAAGAGAUGUUGGAUGUGUGUGGCGAGGAGUGUAGACUUAGUGGUCAGGGAAAUCAUUCCUCUCCCUUCCAUGCUUCAUCUCACGCCUCUCUCCUCCCUUCCUCUUUCCCUCCUUUCCAUGUGCUGCGCGGCAUUCUCUUUCUCCACAACCCCACGCCUCUCAAAACCGUCCCCCAUCCUUUCUCCCCCCCCCUUCCCCCUUCCCCCUUCCUCCUUCCCCCUUCCCUCCCUCCCUUGCAGGGCGACAUUCUCUUUCUCCACAUGAACCCAACGCCGCUCUCUGUGGGGGAGAUCGUGGUCUUCAACGUGGAUGGUCGAGACAUUCCCAUUGUGCACCGUGUGAUCAAGGUCCACCAAGAGGCCGACCCUGACGAGUUUCAGGCACUCACAAAAGGUGACAAUAACGAAGGGGACGAUCUGCCACUGUAUGCGGAAGGGCAGCUGUGGCUGCGCAAGAAGCACAUCAUUGGGCGCGCCAUGGGGUACCUCCCCUAUAUCGGCUACGUCACCAUUAUCAUGACUGAACACCCCUACAUCAAGGUACAGUAA